CCUUACCCUUCUUAUCCGUUUUUUGACCAGGUACUUCAGAUGACUCGCCUCUGGAUACCUGGGUUGCCCUACAAGAAGGCCCCCGUAGCCGACCGGUUUAAGUCGAGCGCGCAAUUCCUUUCGUUUCCGAUGGCACCAACCGCACGCUUCGUCUUUCGCCGGAACUACGAGGUUCCCUCUUCCCGCUCCUUCCAGCCAGUUUCGCCCCCCCGAACUGUCGUCCGCUCUCUCCUGCCAGUCUCGACUGGCGUCCAUUCCCUCUCCCGCAAGCCAGCUUCGCCUGGCGUCCGUUCUUUUGCCCAGAUGCGACAGGGCUCGCAUCUGCCGGUCUCUGUGAGACCAUCCACUCCUUCCCCUGUUUCCCCACCUGCCCCAGCUGCCACUGGGGCAGGGCGUUCGCUAACUCGCUCUGCUCUUUCCUCUCGCCUGGAGGAAAGGCGGGCUUCUCGACAGGCACGAUCUCGGCCUUGGGCGGCUACACCCAAGGUCGAGAAACCCCGGUCGACAACCCGCCCUACCCCCCGAGUCGAACGAGCCUCUGUUCCCUCCGACCGGGCUAUCUACAGCCCACAUAUGGCGGCGCGUGCUCGACGGGCGAUCAGACGGAUCGACGAAGUCCUCGCUAAGCCUGCUCUGGUCAAGGCCAGCGCAGGUGGACGUAAGGCCAAGUCCGUGAAGUCUGUUCGUUUCGGCGAGGACACCGUCAUCCCUGUGUCCUGUUGGAUAGUUCGGCGCGAGCAUGUCUUUCCAGCUCCGUUGGCGGCCAUGGGUCACCUUCAGGGUUGGAAAGUUACACCUCGCUCGGAGCCAGAUGAGGAGGGUGAACUAGGAAAGUACACCACAUAUUGGGGUUCCGACUCUUAUGUGAUGCUUGACUGUCACUCUGCCUCGGAGCCGUGUGGCCGUGAAGGGUGUCAGUACAACCGACUGGCUAGCAUUGCUGCCAGGAGGCCACGCUGGGGUCCCGCCACGGUCUUCACGGCUUGGAACAUGCUCCGAGAGAAGGUCCGGCAACGUGGUGGUUUCCGGCUAUGCUGGCGUAUAUCCUGCUGUGGUAUUGGUGGCGCAUUACGCACCGAAGAGAGCUCCCCGACGACGACGAACCGACGAGACGACGACCGACUGACCGACCGACGACAACGACGACACCGAUUCGCCGGAGGCCGAUUGGGGAUGGUGGUGGGCCAUCGACAACACGACAACAUCGACGCCUCCUUCGACAACAACGACGACGACGACAACCGACGACGACAAUCGACGACGACAAUCGACGACGACAAUCGACGGAGCUACACCGGGCGGCUAAUUGCGCUUCACCGGAAGCGAGUUAAGACGGAAUAUUACCCAAUCAUGCGGAUGUACUGGGAGGGAAUAUUUCUCGUCUUGGGUUGA